UGAGGAAACUCGUUUUACUGUUGACUGCUCUCAGUGCUCGAUUCACUCGAAGCGAAGUCGCAAGAUAUUGUGAGAUAGUACAGAUAAGUUAAAAGAAAGAAGGGAGAACAGAGAUGGCAGCCACCAAUUCACAAAUCGAGGAGCUGUACGCCUUCAUCUAUCCGCUGGCAGUUAGAGCUGGAGAAAUCCUGCUGGAGGGAUACGAAAAUGCCGGCAAGGCGGUGUCUCUUAAAGACGGAGAAUUUUUCAACGUAGUCACUGCCUAUGACAACCAGAUCGAGGAGUUUCUCAUGGAGAAGAUACUGGCCAACUAUCCGGACCACAAGUUCAUUGGCGAGGAGGAUACCCACAAAAAUGACGAUGUGACCAAAGAGCUGACGGAUGCUCCAACUUGGAUUAUAGAUCCCAUCGACGGUACUUCGAAUUUUAUCAAACAAAUUCCUCACGUUUCCGUUUCGAUUGGAUUGUCCAUCAAGAAACAAAUUGUUCUGGGAGUGGUUAAUAAUCCUGCCCAGAAGAAGCUGUAUACGGCUAAAUUGGGCCAAGGGGCCUUUUGCAAUGGGAAACCGAUUCGGGUUAGCAGCUGUAAACAUAUCAACGAUGCCAAUGUGGCAUAUGAGGUUUGUUUGCUGCACGCUCCAAAGAUCCGAAAUAAACAUAUCAAGAGAAUCUACCAUGUGGGAUCCAAUGCCAGAAGGCUCCUCGCCUACUCAGCUGUGGUGGAUUCCCUUUGCAUGGUGGCAGCUGGCAAUCUGGAUGCCUUCCACAUCGAGGACAUGUAUCCUUGGGAUUGUGCAGCGGGCUAUCUGCUCAUUCGUGAGGCUGGUGGAGUGGUGACUCACCCGUAUGGUGGACCCUUCGAAAUCAUGAAACCGGAUUUAAUUUGCGCCGGUACAGAGACACUGAGAGCGGAGAUAGAGCAACUGAUUCGAAAGGCUGAUCAGGAGGAGCAUGUGGGUGGGGAAUGAGUUUUAUGUAAACAAUAAUAAAACCUGUUGGUCAAAAUAAAACAGCAUUUCAUUAAAGUGGACUAAAGAUUAAGAAGAAUAUACAAAUCAUCAUGCAAACACAGCUUUAAAAGUUGCUAUCUUAGCUCUGCAAAUCAAAUGCUUAGCCGUAUCAGUUUGAC